GGGCUGCAGGUCGGCCUCAGGAACCAAUCACCAAGGCGGCAAUGGGGCUCCGCCGCUCGCCUAUCGCCGACCCAGUCCAGAGCGGAUCUCGUCCAUGAUUGAUAUCUCCAUCCCGACCAUCAUCUCCCCCUCCUCCUCCACCAGUUCCUCCUUCAUUUCAUCAUGGCUGCUGAUCUUCUGGUUCCUGAAACGCGAGUUCUCGCGGUAGCCAGCCAUGUCGUCUACGGAUAUGUUGGAAAUAAAAUGGCCAGCGUGGCCAUGCAGCUGUUGGGCUGCGAUGUUGCUGCGUUGAACACCGUCCAUUUCAGCAACCACACGGGUUACAGGCAAUUCAAGGGAACGAGAGCAACGGCUGAAGAAAUUACUGCGCUCUAUGAGGGCCUGACCCAAAGCCACCUCACUGACUUCGAUGUCAUGCUGUCUGGCUACGCCCCCAGCGCUGCGGCGGUGGAGGCAGUCGGGGUUAUCGGGAUGGAUCUCCAGCGCAACGCAGAGAAGAACCCAGGCUCUUUCUUCUGGGUUCUGGACCCGGUUAUGGGUGAUCAAGGCCGACUAUACGUGAAUGACGACGUCGUCCCAGCAUACAAGAAGAUGAUUCACCACGCAGACUUGAUCUUACCAAACCAAUUUGAAGCCGAAGUCCUGUCUGGAGUCAGGAUUACUUCUCUCAGCACCCUGGCAGAGGCUAUCACCGCCAUACACGCUAUUUACAAGGUUCCCCACGUUAUCAUCACAUCCGUUCAAAUCUCCAACCUCUCUCCAUCAUCCUCUGCAACCGCUGCGCCCCCCGCAAACACCCUCACCGUCAUCGGCUCAACCACCCGCUCCGACGGCUCCCCGCGUCUUUUCCGCGUCGACGUCCCCGCGUUAGACUGCUACUUCAGCGGGACGGGGGACAUGUUCGCCGCCUUGACGGUAGCGCGGCUCCGCGAGGCCGUCUUCGCCGCCGACCCUGCCCUCCGCACCACCAAGUCCUGGGUAUCCCCGGAUGACGUCCCCGCUACAGCACUGCCAUUGGCGCAGUCUACCGUCAAGGUCCUCGCCAGCAUGCACUGCAUUCUUGAGAAAACCAUGGAGGCGCGCAACGCAGAGCUACAGGCAGCGGUCAUCUCAAACGGGGAGGUUCUCAGCGAGGAAGAGCGGAAGAAAGAGGAACAUCUGCGCGAGAGCAAAGCCGCGGAGGUGCGAGUCGUGCGUCACGUCCAAUUCCUGCGCGAACCGACGGUGGAAUUCCCGGCCCAGGAAUGGAACAAAGAAGAUCUACCGGCACAAUUCCGAUGAAAAAGAUUUUUCUCUUGAUUCUAGACCAUGGAGUCUUGCAUAGAUCAUAGACGGAUAGGAUAGCGGUUAGCUUUGAUGCGGGCGGAACUCGUGUUUUGUAGACAGUAGAUAUUUGUCUUCUGGACUGGAUGAUAGAUGAAGACCAUGAGGAUAUAAACAAAAUGUAAAACAU